GGUCACUGCACUGCGGGGGGCUGUGGAUGCUGCUGACGUUAGCUGCUACACUGUUUUAGACUCGAAAACCGAAGAAAACUUUUGUUUAAAAGGAUGAACGAGGGCAACGACUUAUCACUGACCAUCGCUCACAUCGUGCAGCGGCUCAAAGGAAGUCAUUUACACUCUCAGAUAGAGAGGCAAGCCAAAGAGUGUUUACAUCAGCCUGAGAUUAAAUUGGAGUCUCUUAAGGAGGAUGUGCGCAGUUUUCUCAAAACAUCAGGCUGGGAGAGGAAGCUGCAGAAUGCAGUGUACAGAGAACUUCAUGUCCAGCUGCCCCUGAGCCAUCCCAUAGCUCCUCCAGAGCAUCUCAAAGAGCCACUGGCCUACAUGCGCAAGGCACAGGCCAGCUGGGAGAAGCGUGUCCUCAAAAGCCUGAACAGCAUGAGCUCAGAGUUGGGGGUGCCACUGGCUCGAAUGAGGCCUGCAGCAGAGCAGAAGGAGAUCACUAACAAAUGGAACGAGAUGGGCACAGAUGAACCAGAUUUAAGCCGCUUUAGGCCCGUCUAUGCGCCCAAAGACUUUCUAGAGGUGUUGAUCAGUUUGCAGAACCCCAACUAUGACAGUAGUGAGGCUGUCAGCUCCAGGAGCCACUGGGGCCUCAUACACUCUCCCCUCAAUGUCAGGGACAUCCCACAGCUGAGACGGUCGUUCUCAGAGCUCAACCUGACCACGGGGCAGUUGGGGAUUGACGACCACGCACACAUACAUCCAGACUUGUUUGAAAGUGACUACGUACAAAUUGGGAAGAAAGUGGUUGAGGAUCAGGACAGUGCAGCAGCUCAGCAGUACAGCAGGCGAGGCUGCCCCACUGGGCUCAGAGCAGAUCUGUGGGCCCUCAUUCUGAACUCCACCAACCAGCCACAGGAUGUCAUGCAUUAUGAACAGCUGAAGGCCGGCGUCAUACAGCAUGACCUGCUGGUGGACAAACUUAUCUAUAAGGAUGUGAAGCUCACCGCCAGUAAUGACGACUACUACUUUGUGUUUGAAGACUUCCUCUAUCAGGUGUUACUGUGUUUCUCCCGGGACACCGCCGUGUUGGAGCACUUCAAAUACAACAGUGCCACUCCUCCUAAAGCCUACGUCCAGGGGAAAGUGGAUGACGAGGAGUGUGCUGUUGUUUAUCCUCCCAACGGUGUGAUCCCGUUCCAUGGGUUUUCGAUGUAUGUGGCACCUUUGUGUUACUUGUACAAUGAGCCAUCCAAGCUGUACAGUGUCUUCAGGGAGAUGUACAUCCGCUUCUUCUUCAGAUUACACUCCAUCUCCUCCUCUCCCUCGGGUAUAGUGUCUUUGUGUCUGCAGUUUGAGCGGCUGAUCCAGACCCACCUGCCUCAGCUGUUCUACCACCUCCGACAGAUCGGGGCACAGCCGUUGCGUAUCGCCUUUAAGUGGAUGGUUCGAGCUUUUUCUGGUUAUCUGUCGACUGACCAGCUGCUCCUUCUCUGGGAUCGAAUCCUGGGGUAUGACUCACUGGAGAUAGUCGCAGUCCUUGCAGCUGCUGUAUUUGCCUUCCGUGCUGAGAACCUGAUGGAAGUGACGUCACUGGCCUCGGCUGAGGCCGUCCUCGCUGACCUUUCCACCCUGAAGGUCAUUCCCCUCAUCCAGAUAUUCCUAUUUGCCACUGCCAUCUGACACCUGAGGAGCACCGGAACUACAGUCCAUGAGUCCGUGGUACGUACACUAUGUAUAUACCACACGCUGGAGGGUAAAGAAACAUGAAGAAAUUGCCUCUUUGCUCUGCCAUGAAAACCACAUCCAGCAUAUGACUAAUGAUCUAUAGAGAAGCACCAGGUUGUACUGUGAAAUAUCAAAGUGUUACUGGUGUUACGAAAUUCACCCUGCAGUGAUUCAAGCAUCAGGCCAAACCUGUCUUAAGCAUGUCACAUGUUGUUAGAUACAGUAUUAGAAGUACAGAUACACACAUACCAGCGCUCACUCGGGUCAGCUGGCUCAGAAAAUAUCAUCUCCUUUGCAAUGCAUUUAUGCUAAGACAUAUAUAUAUAUAUAUAUACAUAUGUAUAUAUAUAUAUGUAUAUAUUUAUGUAUAUAUAAAGUUCACCUGCUGCCUCAAGCAAGUUAACUCAACUGCAUGAUAUGUUUACAGUACACGAUGUGUGUAUGUUUAACAUAUGAAAAUGUGCUCAAGCACCAGAUUAUUCUGUGAAAUAGUGAAAAAGUAAAUGUUGAAAACCAACACUGGUGUUACGAAAUUCAAGCAUAUAGCCAAACCUGUCUUUCGCAUGUAUGCAUCAAAUAUAGUCAAGGUGUUAGAUAUUAUAAAUACAGUAUAAACAUAGUAAGUCUACAGCCUACAGGUGAAGCUAACCCCAUAAGCCAUAUGCCCUGAAGGAAACUUGAUCCACACACCGGCGCUCACUUGGGUCAGCGGACAAGCUCAUUAGGAGAGGAGUUGUGUGAAGCAGUAAUUAUAUUACAAGUGGGAGAACGACGGUAAUGUCUCCGAGCUUGGCUAAUGAAGUGUUCAUGCAAUUUAUUUUGCUCGGUGGCUCCUGAUUGUUAUAAACCCAUUAGGUUACCGGUGAACAGGGAGAUUAGGAGGGUUAGUCUGUCCUGGCAUGUUGAGAGAAAUAUACUCUAAAGGCAUAAAGUGUAGCUGGUGUGAUUAGAAGCUGCUGUGUAUGCACAUCAUCUAUUAUAGUUAUGAAGGGGAUGAAGAUUCUUGCUCUUUUAAGGAGUGUUUAUUUUUAUUUCAUUGUGAACGCUUCGUGGUUGUGUUUCGAUUUUUUAAAUUAUGAAUUCAAUGCCUGAAUGUAUUUAUCUACUCGUCCCGAGUGUAUGUCAUUUUUUUAGGAAUGAGCCAAUACGAUACUCGAUAUCAGACCAGUGUUGAUGCAAAGUUUGGCUUCACAAAACACUGUUUGUUUAGGUUGGGUUUUUUUACAGUAUAAGAGAGAGAUGUCCACUACUGAGUUUUCUGUUUUUUAAAUGGUUGGUUAUAAUGCAUCAGCACAGAUGUCUUAAAAACAUUAUUAUUUUUAGGAGAAUGCUUUGCAAGUCAGUGCUUAUGUCUUUCAUCCCAACACAUUUUCAUGUUUGACAUGACCUCAAAUAACGUAUAUUUUUUUUAAAUAAAUAAAUGAAUCAAAAUUAAAGCUGCUCAGACCUUGAA